AUGAGGAUGGACGUAUGUCAAUGUACUCUCGCGUUACCCCCCCACCUGGAGGGACUUAUGGUCUCCUACGGAGCGCUGUUGGAAUACCGGGUCACGUAUACCGGGUCACGGGCUUCCGUGACCUUGGUGUACGGGGACCCGGCACCACUGAAGACUGGAAGAUGGAGGAGGAGGAGACGUGCGACAGGAAAGGCACAGGGGGAGCCAAAACCGGCGGCUAAAACGCCGGCAGGGACUCCUUCUGUUGCGCCGCCCACCGCCGUUCCCCGGAAGAAGACAGGAUCGGAAGAGGCACCAGCCCCGGACGUCCCGACUUCGACCAAAGGUCCGACUAGACCCACUCCACAGGCCAGGACUUCAGCGCCUCCGGUUGUGCCGCCGACUAUACAGGCAGCACCCGUUGAGGCGCAGGCCCGAAAGAUUGCCAUGGUGAAGCGGAAGGCAACCACUCCCCCGAGUGGCCAACCAGACAAGCCAGGCCCUCCGAGUCAACCACCGAAGCCGGACAUGGACGGUGAUGAGCCUUGGUCACUGAAGGCCGGCAAACUAACAGCACGCCACGCCCAGCUCUCCAAGACUAACAUCGAGGACGUCAACUUCCUCUUUACGCAACCAAAGCAUGAGGCCUUUCAACCACUACCAACGAGGCCGACAGAGGCGAGACUAUUGUUUUCACCACGUCACAAUGCGGGAUGGCCGAGGUAUCUGUUUUACAGUACGCCGAAAAGGAAUUUAUAA